CUCAACAUCUCUUGAUAUCAAUCAUCUUUCAACGUCCCAAAGAUGGCCAACCCGUAUCCGAACCGUUAUUCACAGCAUUUCCGGCAGCCAUCUGCCUCGGGGUCAUCUGGUAUGGGAGGAUCUCAACAAUCUCCUGCGUUGUCUGCCCGGAUAAACGAGAAGAAGCAAGAACUUGAGAAUCUACAAGCUCUACGGGAUUUAUCAGCGGGGUUAGCAUCACAGAUGCAACAAUUGGAAGAAAAGCUGGGAACACUAGCAGACGGAACAGAAGCUGUUGCCGCAGUGUUAUCCAAUUGGCACAACGUUCUACGAGCUAUAGCUAUGGCUUCUUCUAAAAUACCCAUACCGAAGGACCCCGCAGCUGACGACAACCCGUUCGCACCUACGAAGAAAACGGAUGAAAACGAAGACCUAGGAAAGGAUGGAAAUGGCGUCCCAAUGCCACAGACACUCGUCAGGAUCCCGGUACUACCACAACCAUCGAAAUGACCUACUGGAUUGGAUUAUAUGAGAUCGCCGCUCUUUUGUGUUGGUCGGAAGCUUAUUCUCGGUUUGAAGGUGUGGUUGAUCGCAUAUGAUUGGAGUUUGGAGUUUUGAUUAAUCGCCCAUAAAGAUCGAGAUAUCCUUGGAUAAAGGGAGUAAUACAUUCCACCUCCUUGACGUUUU